AUGGUAACUCACCUUGUCAGUGUUACAAUCGUAAAUCGAAAUUACCACUCUAGUUCCAAUGGUAGCCAACAGAUGGCAAUCUUGGCGGUCUGGAGGCCAAACUUCACCUAUGAUGAGCUCAUGGCGCUCAUUGCAAAUGUUCAGCUUCACCAGGAGAUCUUAGAGGGGCCCCUGACUGCCACCGUGACCCAUCAAAUGAAGCUAAGAGCGUGGGAGGAGGUGACAGCAGUAGUCAACGCGACGGGCAAGACGUUGCGAAGCCCCGAGGAAGUGAAGCUGAAAUACAUCGAUUUCAAAAGCCACACGAAGAAGAAGCUGAACUUCAGAAAAAAACUGCAAACCGCCACAGGAGGAGGUCCAUCCAUAGCUCCACCUCUGACUCCUGCUGAGGAGGCCAUGGCCCAGCUUAUUAACCCGGCUGUGGUAUAUGGCAUUUCUGAUUCUCUGCAGUCAGAGUCUGCUGAAGCUGUUGCUGAAAUCACAGCCGUGUAUGUUGAGGAGGAUGAACGUCUUUCUCCCAUCACCGCUGAGCCAGUGACAGAAACACCAGUACAUAGUAGGCCUAGCAGCAGGAGUUCUGGUACAGCGCAGCAACCGUUAUCAGCUCGCAUGCUGGAGGUACAGGAGGGUAUCCUCGAUGAGGUUCGAGGUAUUCGAAAUGCCCUGGAGGGCCAGACAACAGCUCUUCAGAAUAUUAAUGCAACAUUACUUGAGUUUACAAGCAUUUUGAGGACUAUCAAGAAACCAUAA